UGGAAAGAUUCGAGUCAACAGAACCGACAUCUCUAGUGUAAAUGUUACACUGUACACAUAGCAGCACAUGGGCAGUAGGGAAGUUUGAAAGUGAUAUUUUCAAUGUGAUAUUUACCCAGAAACGUAAUCCGCUGUAUAUUUUGACAAUUAAGGUAGCACUAGUAAUCGCCUAUUCAUAAUCAGACACAAAUUAGACAGUGACAUCCCGCUGCAUUAAAUGAAUCUGAUCACCUCCUCAUGUCUGCUCCUUCUACGAUCAGUUUCACGCGAUAUACGUCGGAGGAAUAUACACCCACUUAUAUCACGUCUUCACACUGAGACUACAGCAGAGCUGCCCAGAGCCCAACUGCAGAAACUUCGAGAUCAAGAACAGCGUUUUAAACGAAGAUUGCUUUCAGUUCAUAGGAAGUUUGCAGGUGUGCCAGAAAACUCUGAGGUGAGCAACUUUCCAGGAGAGCGUCAUGUGUACUUUGAAGAUGGCAAAGGGAUAUACAGAUCGACCAUCGGACAGGGUGAGCAGGAGAUGUUGGAGGUGUUCAAUACAGAUUGGACAGGAGGUGGAUAUGGAACCAUCCAGAGGGUCAGACUCUCUCCAUCAGAGACCAUGCUGGCGGUCACUGUAAAGAAAGACCACCACGAGGAGACCAGAUGCGUGUUGGUUCAUUUAGGCGAUCUCGUCCUUCGUCAAAAGGCCCUGUUGGUUUUAGACAACGUUUUCAGCUUUGAAUGGGCCACAGAUGACGUCCUCCUCUACAGCACACAGGAGACUCUUCGGUGCCUGCGCGUUUUCCGUCUUCAUCUCAGUGAUUCCGGUGUCCGAAACACCCUUGUUUAUGAAGAAAAGGAUCCAGAGUUCUUUGUGGAGGUCAGUCGUUCCAGAGACCAGAGGCUGGUGACCAUUAACUGCAGCAGUAAGAUCAGCUCUGAGGUGUGGUUUGUUGACAGCAAGACUCCGCUCUCAUCCCCCACCCUCAUCCAGGCCCGUCGCCCCGGGCUGCUUUACCACGUGGAGCACUCGGACAACUACCUGUUCAUCCUGGCUAACACUACAGCAAACCAGGAGUAUCAGCUGCUUAGGGCGCCUUUAGCCUCUCCAUCCAUGUCGCACUGGGUGCCAUCGUUCGGUGCUGUUCCAGGGACAGUCAUUAAAGAUAUGGAGCUGCUUCAGGGUCACUGUGUGUUCACAGUGAAGGAUUCACAGGGUCGACUUCAGAUCCAGACUCUUUCCACACAAGAGCCCUAUCAGUUAAACACUCACAAGCUUCCUCACUGGGCCUGCGAUGUAUCACCACAGCGUGUUGGAGCUGUGGACAGAGGGUCAUUUGGCUUCCUCAUCUCCUCUCCAGUGCACCCACCAGUACACUACCUCUACUCCCCCAGAGAACAAAAGCUCUCCGUAACAGAGGACAACACUAAGAACAUGUCCCUCACUGAGUUUAACACAACACGCCUGCAGGCAGCCAGUCAGGAUGGUACAAUGGUGCCUUUGACUCUCCUCCACACGCCAGCGUUAUCUGAGCUGCACAAGGCUCCACUGCUCCUGCAUGUAUAUGGAGCUUAUGGUGUUGAUCUCAGUAUGGCCUUCUGUCCGGAGAAGAGACUGCUUCUGGAGGACGGCUGGGCUCUGGCCUACUGCCACGUCAGGGGUGGUGGUGAGCGUGGUCUAGCGUGGCAUCAAGCGGGUUCUGUGCUACAGAAGCGGAGGGGAGUGGAAGAUCUUGCUGCUUGCGUUCAGACUCUUCAUCGUUUGGGAGUGUCCCGGCCUGCUCUUACCGCCCUCGCCGCUCGCAGUGCUGGAGCUGUCCUAGCGGGGGCGCUGUGCAACCAUAACCCACAGCUUCUUAGAGCUGUGAUUCUACAGGCACCUUUUCUGGAUGUUCUCGGCACAAUGCAAGACCCUUCCCUCCCGCUUACUGUAGAGGAGAGAGGGGAGUGGGGAGACCCCAGUAUAAGAGAACACAGGGACAACAUUGCCUCUUACUGUCCCUGUCACAACAUUAUACCUCAGCUUUACCCAUCCAUGCUGAUCACUGCAUACUCAGAGGACCGUAGAGUUCCUUUAUCUGGGGUCGUCAAGUAUGUGGAAAGACUAAAGAGAGCCAUCCAAAUGUGUACCACUCAGGUCGGCGCUAACGCUGUCAUUCUGGACCUGCAGCCAGGAGGGGAUCACUUUGGCCCUGAGGAUUUUCAUCCGUCCUUGAAUGAGAGGGCCAAACAGUUAGCCUUUCUUUACACAGAACUUGGACUAGAUCAUCCAAAAACUCGACGGAGACUAAAAGUAACUGGCAAGUCUCAUAAAACACAAAACUAAAUUGUGAAUGCGUGGAAAAACCACCAGACAAAAAGCUUUGCUGAUUUUUCUUAAUAAACCAAACAUUUAUUUUGUUACGUG